GGCAGCCAAUUUCCUCUCGGAGCCCCUGUGUGGACAUAGAUAAAAGGGCUCCGGAGUGUAUGGAGUGCACAAAGCUGAAGAACUCUCCACCUGUGCGCCCAGACAUCCUCUUGGACUUCACACCAGCUCCAUUACCAUGCGCCCUAGAGCUUGCGCCCCAGCCACUGCUGGCUCUGCGCUCUUUCCGUCAGGGCUGCUACUUCUCUUGUUGCUGGCCACUUUAGCCUGGAUUGCCAGUGCUUCCAGGGCAGGGGCGGUUACAGAGCUUCGCUGCAGGUGUGUGAAGACCACACAAGGGAUUCACCCCAAAAACAUAGCCAGUGUGGAAGUGAUCAGAGCGGGACCCCACUGUCCCAGACACGAAGUCAUAGCCACUCUGAGGAAGGGGAAUGAAAUUUGUCUCAACCCUGAAGCUCCUUGGGUGAAGAAAUUCAUCCAGAGAUACAUGAACGAUGAGUCUGCACUUUGAUUUACUUAAGUGGAACUGAGAAAGACCAGUGAAGUGAAGAUGCUCUAUAAGAAAAUUUGGAUUCCUUAGCAGAAAAUCUUUCAAGAAUUUUUUUUUGGAGGGGGACAGGACAAAGAAUACUGGAAGAAAAUGGACAUUCUUCUGGGUGUGUGUUUCAGCCAGCCUGUCUGCUAGCCAUCACUCACUGAUCCAGGAUUCAUAACGGAUCCACUUUAUGGACAGUACUCCCUGAACUUGGCAUUUUCGUUGCCUUAUUAUGAACUUGGCAUUGAUUUUUUUAAAAGUUAUUUGAGCUAUUUAUUUUUAUAUGGCAUAUUACUCCUAUAUAGUGAAAUCUUUGGCAAUUGACCAACUCUUUAGAAAUCACUCCACUAAGUGGCAGCUGGUAUCUCAAGAGUUAAAGAUAAGCACAAUACACUCCACAGCUUAGUAUAUGAAUAUGGGGUGAGUUUUAAUCCAAAAAUGAAACUAUGAUUAUUAGGAUAAUAGAGAUUAAAUGAAAGGCAUUCACUCCAACUGGCUCUGAAGAUAAAAAAGAUUUUGCAGUAGUCUCUAGCACAUUUGGUGAGGUUCAUAUCUCAGUCUGGAAAUAAUGAUCAAGAAAACUGGGGUGUCAUACAUCUAUCUGUUAUGUGUUACUUUACUUAGAAUUUCCAAGUAUUUGAGUUUUAAAGAAAGGAAUGUAUACUUGCCUUAUAAAUUUAGACAUGUGGUGUCUAUUUUAGUAUGGCAUAAUGCCAUUGCACAUGGAUCUUGUUAGAUAUUUAUUGAAUAGUAUUAGAAGCCAUGUUUACAUUGUUAGUCAUUAUAUAUACAUAUGUGUGCAUACAUAUAUAGAUGGGAAGGUAAAGAAGUUAAGGAAACAAUUAAAUUCCUGUUUGUGGCUUUUAUAUACUUGCAUUUUUGUAGAUCUAUUUUAUAAAAAAAGUGAAUUUAGUAAGAAUCAAUAAUAUUCUACAACAGUUUUGAGAGCUUACAAUAUAGUUGAACAAUUCUUCAUGUAGCUUUCUUUAAAAACUAAAUGAACUACUAACAGAGUUUUUGAAAAAAAAGUGAUUUAUGCUAUAAUGAACUGGCCAAAACCACUUUUUACCUUUUUUGUUAUAAGAAAUUAUUAUGUUAAUAUUAUGCUGCAUAAGUAUUUUUUUUCU